AAAUUUGCUGUCUGGCUGGUUUGGCUGUGUGUGCGCUGGUUGGCCCACUGUGCAAUUUUAACAAGGAAAAAACGGGUCUUCGCAGAUUAUUUAGGUGGCAGCAGGAGAAUUGGUACGGCCACUCUCGAAAAUCGAAGGUGGAAAAAUGUAUUAAUCCGCGCCCGUGUGUGAUAUUUCUCGGUUCGUCGCGAGUUUGCCGUGGCCAGAGUUUUUGAAUCCGGAAGCCUUGUGCGUGUGGAAUUCGGGGGUGCGUUCCAGCGCCGUGGCCGUCGUCUUUUUCUCCCCACUUUUCUGGGGCCGUGCUGCACAGUGAAAACGCGAAGAAAAUCGUCGUCGUCGUCGUCGUGACCCGCAACACUCUUCUUUCCCCUCUUUCUUUUUCUCGUGUGCAUCAUCAUCAUCAUCAUCAUCAGCAGCAGCAGCUCCAUCUCUCACUCCAAGUGGAGAGUCUCCCCCCGCGCGUUCCGUUUCCACCCGCUGCGGGGUCUUUCCCUGCUCUUCCCCACCCCACGCCUCUCUUUCAUCACCCAACUUGCCGGAGUCGUCAUCACAUCACGGCAGUGUGUUACUCACCGAAGGAGGAAAAAAAAGUAGAAACGAGUGAAAAAAAAUCUGCCCGUGGCAACUCCUCCGGUGGCCGCGAAACGUCGCGCGGCGUGAAAGGGGUUUCGGACACAGUCUCGUGCGAGUUCCGGACCGUCGCGUGAAUCUGCCGGAGAUUGAAAACAAACCAGCUGAUUUGGCAGGAGGAGAUCACUUGGAAGGGGAGCAGGAGCAGGUCGGCAGGAAGCUGCUGCCGCUGGUGUCCACGGCUGGAACCAUGGAAAUUCUGUCGCAAUCGCUCACGAACGGACUGACCACGACGACGCCCCGCAAGAAGGAUAUCGAUCCGAAGGAGAAUCUCUGGUCGGCCAUCCUCAGCGAAGUACAAACCCAGAGCAGUACCAAACUUCCCUCGAACAAAUCCGUGCUGGUGCUCGGGGACAAUGCCAGCGGCAAGACGACACUGAUCGCGAAGCUGCAGGGCGUCGAAGACCCGAAGAAGGGCUCCGGCCUCGAAUACGCGUACAUUGACGUGCGGGACGAGUACCGAGACGAUGUCACCCGCCUGGGCGUGUGGAUAUUGGACGGCGAUCCCGGCCACAACAACCUGCUCAAGUACGCGCUCAACGAGUCCAACUACGCACACACCCUGGUCAUUCUGACGCUAUCGAUGACGACACCGUGGAGCUGGGUGGAACAGCUGCAGCACUGGAUCAAGAUACUGGAGCAUCACAUAGCGGAGCUGAAAAUCGAGCCCGAGGAAAAAUCGCAAUGCCGCCAGCGGCUGGUGACCGUCUGGCAGAGCUACUGCGACACGAUCGACGAGCUGGACCCGGGCUCGCCGAUCAAGCGCACCAACCGUCUCUCGUCGGUGGAUGACGACCUGGACGCGCUGCCCCUGCCCGAAGGUGUACUAACGACCAACUUGGGCUUAGAUGUAGUAGUUGUUGUAACGAAAACCGACUACAUGACCACACUGGAAAAGGAGCUCGACUACCGGGAUGAGCAUUUCGACUUUAUGCAGCAGUGGAUCCGCCGGUUCUGCCUGCUGUACGGCGCGUCGCUCUUCUACACUAGCGUGAAGGAGGACAAAAAUUGCGACCUGCUGUAUAAAUACCUAACGCAUCGAAUCUACGGGCUGCCGUUCCGUACGCCCGCGCUCAUCGUCGAGAAGGAUGCUGUGCUAAUACCCGCUGGCUGGGACAACAUGAAAAAGAUCAACAUUCUGUACGAAAAUAUGCAAUCGUGCAAGCCGGAUGAUGACUACAAUGAUAUUAUAGCACAACCGCCUUCCCGAAAGACUGUUUCGAACCGCGAGAUCGAAGUGCAAACCGAGGAGGAGCAGGCGUUCCUGACGCGGCAGCUGCAGCUGCUGCAGGCAGGUCAAACGCCAACGCGGGGCGAGUCGCCGAUGCGGUCACAGAGCAGCGCCGGCAAGACGACACCGCGGACGCCGGGCUCGGGCGGGGCGCAGGGAUCGCCGAAAAAGGUCGACGGCAAGCUCAACCCGAGCACCCCCAGCGGCGAGGGCGUUCUGGCAAACUUUUUCAACUCGUUGCUCCAUAAAAAGAGCGGUUCCCCGGCCGGAGCUGGUGGUGGUGCUGGCGGCGUCGGUGGCACUAGCCCGAACCUUCCCGGCACGGGAAUUUCUCCACGGGCCACCACCAACGGCGCAACCGUUGGCACCGGUCCGGGCGAUCUGGUGUCCGCGAGUGAAAAGCUCUCCAUGCGAACGGACGCCGCCAUGGAGCUGGACCGUUUGACGCGCAGUGUCAAGAAGGAUCUGGACUUUGGUUCUGCACAAUCGGAUUGCUAGACGGGAUAGCAGCAGGCAGAAGAGUGGUGGGACACAGGUCGGUAAGCAGCCUCACGCCGCGGUGGAAUUGCAUGCUUCUGGUGUCGUGCGUGCGUGCGCGUUUGUGUGAUAAGUGCAGUUACGGAACGUGGGGGGAAGGGGUUACAAACAUCAGCAGUUGGAGUGCGAGUGUGUGCGCGCGGUGAGUGUGAGGGCAGAAGUUCAUGCAAGGCAACAGAAAUAUAACAUCAUCCCCGGAUGGAAAAAUGCAGAAAAAAAAACACAGAACGAACCAGAAAGGAAAGUAACACGGUGGGAAAAGCUUAUCGAAGAACCACUUUUAGUAGUUAGGUAGUGCGAGAAAGUAGAGAGAUUAACUCGAUAGAGAAAAUAUUAUAAAAAAAAAUAAACAAGAAGGAAAAUAUUUGAAAAAAUGCAAACUCUUUCUGCGCUCGUCGUUGUCGUCUUCGUCGCUACACACAUUGGUGCUUCUACAUGUCUUCUAUUUUUUUUAUUGGGUUUCUUCCAACAAAAAAACAAA